AUGGCUGAUGCUAAAGUGGAGAUCUUGAUUAAUGGAGACAAGGCACUGAGAUCAUGGUUUGUUAGAAGAUUUUUGAAGGCUGAAACACAGACCGAAUGGGAAGAAGAUCAGAUGGCAUAUGACAAGGUUUUGUGGCGAACAAUUUGGUCUCUUCAGGUACUGAACAAAAUCAAGAAUUUGGUGUGGAGAGCUUGCAGGAACUUGUUGCCAAGUAAGGAGAAUCUGGUGAGGCAAACUAUCAUCAAAGAUCCAACAUGUGACCGCUGCAAACAUGAACCCGAAUCAGCUCUGCAUGCUCUCUGGAAUUGCAGCGAACUGGAUGUGGUGUGGGAAGAAGAACCAUUUCAGCAUUGCCGAAGACAACACACCUUUGUGGACUUCAAGGAAUUGCUCUCAUGGCUCAUCACAAAGGAUCACAACAUGGAGUUGUUUGCAACGUCGGUGUGGUUAAUUUGGACCCAAAGGAACCAGAUGCGUUUAAGCCAACCAUGCUUAAGUGUCCAUCAAAUUCCAUCUUCGACAAAGGAGCGUGUAGCUGAGUUUGUAGUGACCCAACCUGCGCCUGCCAUCAUUCGACCUGACCUCACUUUACUUCGGGCUAUGUGGCGUCCUCCAAUACCAGAUGUGGUGAAAAUGAAUUGCAACAGAGCUAUCUUCAAGGAGCAAAAAAAAUCGGGUAUUGGAGCAGUGAUCCGAGACAGCAACGGUUUAGUCAUGGCUUCUAUGUCUAAACUGCUACCACAGCAGUACACACCCAUGGAGAUUGAAGCAAUGGCAGCCUCUUAA